UCAUCGCAAUUCGCCAUGCUCCAAGUCCUCUGCCAUCGAAAGCCGCGCACGCAGCUCAGUCGCGGCAACAACAACUGGGAGCAGCUGAUCAGCAAUAUCUCACAGCCAUGCGGCGACAUGGUCAUCGGCUGUCGCUUCGGCGCCGUCGACUAUCAGUGCGAACGCAUGUUCCAGCCAAUCAUCACCGACGAGGGCCUCUGCUGUGUCAUCAAUAUGCUCCAUCCACGCUUCAUGUACAAGCACAAUGUGCCGUUGACGCUCCGCAAUUGGAACGAAUCGAAGCGCUAUCGGGCAGUCGACUGGCAUGCGGAGCUCGGCUACAGUCGCAACCUGGGGAGCGACUAUUAUCCGCGCUCCUCGCUGGGCACGGGCGAGUCGCUGGGCAUGUCGCUGAUGCUGAACGUGGAGGCAGAUGCGUAUUACUGUUCGUCCAGCAACAGCAUUGGCUUCAAGAUCGCGCUGCACAGUCCCAACGAGUCGCCGAAUGUGCGUGAGACGGGCGUGCUGCUCUCGCCCGGGCUGGAGACAAAGCUGCGCAUCGAGCCGUCGAAAAUGAUGACGGAGCUGAGCCUGAGGCAUGUGCAUCGCAAGUACAGGCACUGCCUGUUCCAGAACGAGGGCAAUCUCAGCUACUUCGCACACUACACGCAGCGCAACUGCGAAAUGGAGUGCAUGUCGCGGCUGCUGCUGCAGCGCUGCGGCUGCGUCGUCUUCUACAUGCCGCGCAUCAAUGGCAACGACACCGUCUGCAGCAUCCGCGAAGCGCAGUGCGUGGAGAGCGUACGGCUGCAUACGAUUGGGCAUGUCGUCGAGUCCUGCCUGGACAACUGUCUGCCCAGCUGCUUCGAUCUCACCUACCAGGCGAUCACCUAUGCCACCAAGAUCUCCUACAACGACUUCCGGCACGCCAACGCCCACAUGCGCAACCUCAGCCAGGCCUACGUGGAGCGGAACAUAGCUGUUGUCAAUCUGUACUACAAGGAUCAUACGUUCCGUGCCAACAAGCAGACCGAGUUCAUCGGCAUAUCCGAUUUUUUAUCCAACGUUGGCGGUUUAAUGGGCCUGUUUCUGGGCUUCAGUUUUCUGUCGAUAGCCGAAUGCGUGUAUUUCGCCCUCAUACGUCCGUGCCGCAUUUGCGCACAGUUACGGCAGCAACGCGCGGUAUCAGCCUUAGAGCUAGGCAGAGGAGGCGGAGACAGAGCGACACCGCCAGUUGUAGUUCCAAUUAAAAGAACCAAAGUGCACGUAAGUGCGAUGAUGCCGCACCAGCAGUGGCAGCGCCAGAGGCAGCGGCAGAGGCAGAGGGCAUGGCAGCCGCAACAACACAUUUACCCCGCCAACUGGUUCCAAGCGGAGCUGAGCCAACAAUACAAUUUGGCUUAAUAUUCUGCUUUAAAUUUAGCAGCGACGAUAGAUCAAAUUCGACCAUGGGCAAACUUUUGUUGAUAAACUUAGCGGCAUUGGCUACCUCGGGUACCGCGUGCUUCUGCA